AUGAGAGAAAGUGUAAUUAUUAUUUUUCUGAUUUCAUUAAAUCAAAUCUAUGGACAACAAAUGGAACUUAUCGCUGGUCAUGUACUAUUUAGACAUGGAGAUCGAACACCUAUUACAACAUAUCCAACCGAUCCAAUAAAAGAAACUGAUUGGCCUAAUGGUUUUGGUCAAUUAACGAAUACUGGUAUUGAACAGCAUUAUCGUCUUGGAAAAUAUCUUCGUGGCCGUUAUGGAUCAAUUCUCAGUCUAAAUUAUACGGCUAGUGAAAUUCAUGUUCGUUCAACUGAUUAUGAUCGAACAUUAAUGUCAGCGCAAGCAAAUCUUGCUGGUCUUUAUCGUUUAUACAAUAUUUCGGAUGAUAAAAUACCUAUUCAACCUGUUCCAAUUCACACGGUACCAACAAAUGAAGAUUUUUUACUCGGUCUCAAUGAUUGCCCGAGAUAUGAACAAAUUGAAAAAGAAGUUCAUGAAAGUGAUGAAUUCAAAAAUAUGAAUACGCACUAUAAGGAUUUUUUUAAACAACUUCAAAUAUGGACUGGCAUGAGUAACAUUACUAUGCUUAAUGCUUGGGAUAUUGCUGAUACCAUAUAUGUUGAACAAAUUUAUAAUAGAACACCAUCAUGGGCUAAUGAAAAUGUUCAAAAAACUUUAUCCGAUAUUAAUGAGGCUUCGUUUUAUUUUCUCAAUUUAAACAACGACAGUAAACGAAUACGAGGCGGCCCAUCGAUACAAGACAUUUUCAUGAAUAUGAAUAACUCGAGUCGGGGACAAACAUACCGAAAAGUUAAAAUGUAUUCAGCUCAUGACACAACAGUUAGUGCAGCACUUGCUUUUCUUGGUAUUAACUAUCCGCAUCAGCCAAAGUACGCAUCAGCAUUAUUUCUUGAUCUUUACAAGCAAAAUUCAACAUAUUAUGUUAAAGUAGAAUAUUUGAACGUAACAGAUUCAAAUAAGGCUUAUCCUUAUCUGUUAAAUGGAUGUCCAGCAUUCGAAUGUCCACUAGAAACAUUUACAGCUAUUUAUCAACCUCGUUUCCCAACAAGUGUUGAAGUUGAAUGUACAAAAAACGUUCCACCAACUCCGCCAAAUAAUGCCAAGAAUAAAAUGUUGACGGUGAUUUUGUGUUCUAUUGUUUUUGGUCUCGGUAUCCUUAUCAUUGGAACAUUUGGAUACUUCUACUGUCAAAGAAGAGAACACGAUGCACCUCUAUUAUCGACUGAAUCACUUUCGCGCUUUGCCUAA